CGUGGCCAAAUGCACCCUUUCAUACUAGACGGUUUCAAUCGUGCGGGAACCUGUCUACUACUACCAUUUUAUUCGCGUUGUUUGCUGUUGUGUUUUCUUGUGCGGGUUUUCUGUGAUUAUGGAUGUAAUGGACGCUGAAGUUUUAAUUUCUCUUAUUGAAGCAAAGCCUGUGUUAUGGGACAAAACUUUAGAUAUAUAUAAAGAUCGAAUCUUAACAAAAAAUGCCUGGAAGGAAGUAUGUUUGGCAGUGAAACCAGAUUUUGAGAGCAUUAGUGAUGCAGAGAAAAAUACAUUUGAGUAUGUCUACAGUUAUUAACACAGUCGGGAGUGGAGGUGGUCCCUUAAGUCUUAUGUCUUGUGUUCGUGAAUCGUCACCCCAAGAUUCUGUAAUUGAAAUGGAGACUGAAAGAAAUGGAGCUUCAAAGAAAACGUUUUGGAAAUUUACAAGAUGGUUCAAGAGAAGAAGUAACAAAGUCUCCGAAGACAUGCACAUUCGUGUUGAUAGUCUUGAACAAUCGAAAGAAAGUACUCGUUGUCGGUCUACUGGUGAACUUUCUGAAAUAGAAGAGCCAAUCAGAAGAAGGUAA